GAUUUCGCACGGUCGAUGCAAGCCAGCUCCAGGAGAAGGAGCUCAAGGCAUACCGGAAGGAUGAGGAGGAGGAGAUGAACACACUUUUGAACCACUACCUCGACUUCUGCAGAGAUUCUCUCAAGAUGCAAGCCGAAACGCUGGUGACCAAGAACAGUACUGCAAAUGGCAUCGUCAAGCUCAUCGAACAGAAUCACAUCACAAACCUUGUCAUGGGAACAUCCUCCUUCUCGCCUGACGUCCAGACCAAAUACACCUUCGUAAUGAGGAAGAACAAAGCACUAAACUCAAAAGUUGCAGCUAUUGUGCAUCAACAAGCCAAACCAUAUUGCCAGAUCUUCUACAUAUGCAACGAGAUGCUUGCUUGCUCUAGAGAGGCCACUCAGCGUUUGAUAAAAGUAGAGUCACCGCAAAGCGGCUACACAAGCACUGAUUCAGACCGAUCCGAGUUCCCUACAAGAUCCCAAUCACUAUCACCAGAGCGUACAGGUUUCUUCGGUUCCACAGAUCAAAAAGCCCUUCAACAAGAGUCCUAGCAGCCAGUUAGCUAUACAUAUCCCUUGUCAGCAUCGAUAACAGACAGCACGGAGACCAUACUAGGUGCAAGGGGCCGGUCAAUUCAUACAACGACAUCAACAGGUUUCUCCCCGAAUUCCUGCCAGAAAAUCUUUCGAGGAUCUUCACCAGUUCUAAAGGAUUUGGAUAAUAUGAAUGGUUCACUUGUACCUGUUUCAGUUGCAAGCUCUAAAGAACAUCAACACUCUAUGAUAGAAACCGCCGUGCAACGAGAAGUGUUCGGGCAACUACAGCUACUCCUUGAUGAUCAUGAGUGCUCAAAAAGAGAAGCAAUUGAGGAUCAGCACAAAACAGCAAGGGGUCUGUUUGAAAAUCCU